CUAUGCCAAUGGCGAAGCGCAGGCCGGCGCAGCGCCGCCGCCGCGGCGGCAGCCGCCAGCACCUCCUUCCCAAGUUCCCAAACCGCCACACAAGCUUGCACGCCCGCAGCCACACACAUACAACUCUCGCGGUGGUUCCGCUCGUCUCCCCAGUCCCCAUGGCCCGACCAUCGUCGCCGCGCCUCCUCUCCUCCUUCCUCGGCGACCGCCUCGCGCUCUCCUGCAGGCCGCUCCUCCUCCGCUCCGCUGUCCCAGGAAGCAGGCGGGUGGCAUAUCAGGCGACGAGAACGCUAUGCAACUUGGUGGAUAUCCUCUUCAACAGGAGAAGUUGGGAUGACGCACCAGAAAACAACCCUAGACGCCUACGUCCUGGGAAAGUAUCUCCACGCUUAAGUGUUCCGAAUCAUAUACAACUGCCUCCGUAUGUCAAUUCUCGUCAAAGACCUGGUGUGACCAAUGGACCUGAAAUACAUGAUGAGAAAGGGAUUGAGUGCAUGAGAGCUUCUGGAAAGCUUGCUGCGCAGGUUUUGAAGUUUGCUGGAACUCUUGUAAAGCCAGGCAUAACGACUGAUGAGAUUGAUAAAGCAGUGCACCAAAUGAUAGUCGAUAAUGGAGCAUAUCCUUCACCUCUUGGUUACUGCGGAUACCCAAAGAGUGUCUGCACUUCAGUGAAUGAAUGCAUCUGCCAUGGGAUACCAGAUUCUCGUCCACUUGAGCAGGAUGGCGAUAUCAUCAAUAUUGAUGUUACUGUCUACCUCAAUGGCUACCAUGGUGAUACAUCCGCUACGUUCCUUUGUGGCGAUGUUGAUGACGAAGCUAAGAAAUUAGUUCAGGUGACAAAAGAAUGCCUUGACAAGGCUAUAUCAAUCUGUGCACCUGGGGUGGAGAUCAAACGAAUUGGCAGAACCAUACAGGAUCAUGCAGAUAAAUUCAAGUUUGGUGUGGUUCGACAUUUUGUUGGCCAUGGGGUAGGAAAAGUGUUUCAUGCUGAGCCUGUUGUGCUUCAUUUUAGAAACAAUGAAUGGGGUCGUAUGAUGUUGAAUCAAACAUUUACUAUAGGUACAUUUCAGUUGCGUUUCUUUCAGGCAUGAUCAUAGAUCACUGCAUUUGGUCACUGCCAUCUUUCUGCACAUAAAGCCCAUGCUAACCUUGGGGAGCAUAAAUCCUGUCAUGUGGUCCGAUGACUGGACAGCUGUGACGGAAGACGGCAGCUUGUCAGCACAAUUCGAACACACGAUACUGAUUACUGAGGAUGGCCCGGAAAUAUUAACACAGUGUUAACAGAAGGCGGAAGAAGAACAGUUUGAUAGUCGGCUGGCCAGAUCCUGCAUUUUGUGCACUAAUUGGUCCAAUCUAAACUCAUGCAAAAUGGCAUAUUCACGUUAUAAUUGAUCUCGUUUAUUUGAAAUUGUACUGUUUUGACGUUAAA